CGAUACCGCACGUCCCCAAGUCGGUCGGUGGAUGAAGCACGGCAUUCAAACGAACCUCCCAAUUUUCCAGCGAAACGACCACCACCAUGAACUCCGACUAUAUCCGCAUGUUGAACGUGCCUGACUUCUCGCCGUCAGUGCCAGGCUUGGACUUCUCACAGAACGACCUUGACUUAUGGCUGAACACCGAUUUCAAUGUUGACGCCGAAUCAGCAGCGCUUGCGGGGCGCGGUUAUCAGAGUGUUGCGGACUUCAACGGUCAAUCCCAGCGGACCUAUUCCGACCAGAUUCCUUUCGAUAACGUCGCGGUGCAAGAUUUCCGCAAUUUCCUGACCCCGAAUACCCCAGCUCCUCAGACGACCUUCCUGUUCCCGCACCAAUUGCAAGAACAGCCUCAGUAUGUUUACGCGGAUACUCCAGCGCACGCGCAAGCGGUGCAACCACAGCCUUCACAGGACGUAUACACGACUCUGAACGUCGAGCAAUCGCAAUUUAACCCUAUGCUUGAUGUCCUCGGUCAGCUGAACGCCCGAAACGCCGCUCUACAGACGCCGAUCGCGUUCCCAUUGGAUCAGUUCGUCCCCAAUGUUGCACCUGCGAAGCUUACAGAAACGGCAGCUGCUGCAGAGCCUAUUGUACAGCACAGUGCUUCUGCCAGUCUCGCGUGGACUCCAGCACCAUUGGUCCCGGCGCAGCUUCCGGGAACCGCAACGAAGACGGUCCUGAUUGCACCAGCUCCUUCAGCUUCACAGUUCUCGCUCGAAAAGGUCGAUUUACCGAACGAACCAGUCGCUACACCGCAGUCCUCCUCCACGACGUCGGUUCCAUCACAAUCCCAAUUUGCUGCUCCCGCCGAAUCCGUUUCCGGUGAUAACCCGAAGACCGAGAGCGAGCAGGAAAAGCGGAGGAGGAACACCGCGGCUUCCGCGCGAUUCAGGGCAAAGAGGAAGAUUCGUGAUCAGACGUUGGAAAAGACCGCCCGCGAAAUGACUGACAAGGCACAAUUGUUGGAGCGUCGUUUGCGCGAGUGCGAGAUGGAGGUCAAGUGGUUGCGACAGCUGGUUACUCAGCAAGAUGACCCUUCGGCGGGGAAGAAGCGAUUGAGGGAUUUGUACGAGGAGAACGGUUUGGUGUUCUACGAGGGAACCACCGCUACUGGCUGCGGCAUCGAAGCCCCAUCGCAGUCCGCCGAUGGAUCAGACAACAACCUGGCAGCAGCGGCGGCGGCUUUCGCAGGGGUCAUGGCCCUUGCCGCGCAAAGUCAAACGAAGGCCACCGGAAAGCCAGCCGAAAAGAAGCGUCGAAUCGCGGUCAAGGCAGAUUAAACCAUAGUGAUCUAUGUCUCUCUAUCUAUAUCAUGGACUGUUCAUGUCUUUAUGAUCCUUGGCUUGUCUAGCAUAUGUCAUUUCUUCGCCGGCGCCUUCAAAGCUCAAACCCUAAGCGGGUGUCGAUAUGGAUUCCUCCCUUUUCGCUUGUUUGUUUCCCGCCGAUUGAAUGCGCGUUGUAAAUACGAUCUUCUCGGAAUCUUAUUCAUGGCAAGGUGUAACUGAAAUAUCUGCAAAUGUUCU